AUGUACCCGGUGUGCAUAACUCUGUAUUUUUGUUUCUCUUCUCUAGAUGAUGAAAGUCACACAGAAUCAAAGCUUCAGCAUGAACAAGAUAAAUCAAACUCCCUUCCCAUUCCUUCAGUUUCCAAGCGAAUUGUGCUUGGUGAUUCUGUCUGUAAUAUGGCAGGCACGACUGAGCACGCAGGCAGCAUGGUAGACCUCAAAGGAGAUAAGGACUUGUUCAGUAAAACUACAGAGCUUCUCAGUGAGGGUACAAGUGAGCUCCGUCACCGUAAUAGAGGGGAACUGCCACCUGAAGCUGCACCACGGCCACCUAGACAUGGAUUAGACCAGUACUUAUCCAGAUUUGAUGAAGCUCUGAAGCUGAGGAACCAGCUGAUGAAUGAAAAGCCAAGCCAAGAGAACGGGAAUGCAGUGGAGGAGUUUGACUCUUUCCGCAUUUUUAGAUUGGUGGGGUGUGCUCUGCUUGCCAUCGCAGUCAGGGCUUUUGUGUGCAAGUACUUGUCAAUAUUUGCACCAUUUCUUACUCUACAACUUGCUUACAUGGGACUGUCCAAGUACUUUCCAAAGUGUGAGAAGAAGAUGAAAACAACAGUAUUAACUGCUGCUCUUUUACUGUCUGGAAUCCCUGCAGAAGUGAUUAGUCGCUCCAUGGACACCUACAGCAAAAUGGGAGAUGUUUUCACAGACCUUUGUGUCUAUUUCUUUACUUUUAUCUUUUGCCAUGAACUUACUCUCUUUUUUGGUUCUGAAGUACCGUGACGCCUGUAGAAUUCAAUGCAGUAGUUACACUAAAGCUUUCUGGACUGUAUUCCUUUAACGUCUGACUGUGCAGACAGGUUUAAACCUUCAUUAAAACUUACCUGUUCGAAUGCUUGAAAGGAGCCUUAAAUCCAGUCAUUUUGGGAAAGGAAGAACAGGGUCCCAGACUGCGAGUUGUAUUGGUUUAGUUUAUUUAAAUAUAUUGUGUCUGCCUAUUACAAAUGUGAAGAAUAGGAUGCAAGUGUCAGUGGAUGAUGUAUUUGGUUUAGAUGAUGCCCUUCUCAGCCUUCUUCAUACACGUUUACAAAGCUGCCUGUGUUCUUUUCAGUGCGAACAAAGAGAAUUCCUUUCAGCAGAACCAUAUAUAUAGAGAUAGAUAUAUCCAGUAUGACUAUAGCUAACAAGAACUGCUCAUUUUGUGGUGGUCCCAUUUUUUUUAAGAAAGCUCUAAACAAAAGAAAUCCCUGUAUUCUGUUGUUCAAAUUCAGAAUGUUGAACCAAGU